AUGAUGAUGGACAGGCAGCUCGUGAGGCAAUGCGACAUGGAGGUCAUGAAGAUGGCCAUGCUCAAACACGAAGAAGCCUUCAGGCAGCAGGUCCACGAGCUGCACCGCCUGUACCGCAUCCAGAGGGAGCUGAUGAGCGACCUGACCCGAGGCGCGCCGGCGCUGAUGACCACCCGCCGGCGCAGCAAGCAGCCGCGGCGGGCGCUGAACCUGCAGCUCCCGGCGGACGAGUACAUCGUCAGCGCCGACGAGGACGAGGACGCGGACGCCGCCGCCGGCACGGAGCUGGAGCUGACGCUCGCCAUCGGCGGGCGCUGCUCAUCAGCCGCCGGCCGUCGCAAGAACCACCACAGGAGGAGGCAAGCUGCAGAGCAGCGCGACAACGCCGGUAGUGGCUGCUCCGCCUCCCCGUUCGGGUCCGACUGCUCCGGCUCGAGCGUCUUGUCGUCGUCGCCGCCGUCGUCGGCCGAGUACUACUCCGACGACGGGCCGGCGCCGGCGGUGUUCCACGCACCACCACCGCCGCCGUGCCAGAGGGCCGUGGCGUUUGACCUUGGAGAAGGCAUGAUGAUGAGGCAGCACGCGCCGUGGCUGCUGCAGUGCCAGCAGUACCUCAGCCUCAGGAUGACAUGA